AUGGCUCGAAUUCGUCCUACAGUUGAGAAUGAUAAUUUGAAUAUUGCUUCUUCAACUGAACCAACAACAUUAACUGUGUGGCACAAAUCCCUCCUCUUUAACUGUAAAGGAUUUGCUGUAUAUAAUUCCAAUGGCGACCUGGUUUUCAGAGUUGAUAAUUACUGUUCCAAUCGAUCCAGAGAGAUAGUUUUGAUGGAUGCUAUUGGAAAUGAUAUUCUCUUAUUGCGACACAAGAGAUUCAGCCUUGGGAAGCAGUGGCAAGGCUUUCAGCAAGAUAAACUUAUUUUUAGCAUGAAAAAAUCUGCAUCUUGUUGGUGUUGGGGAAAACAGAAGAAGAAAAUGUUAGCUGAAGUAUACAUGAAUGGAUCCAAAUACCCAGACUUUUAUGUGGAAGGUUCUUUCUCCAAAAGGUCGUGCACAUUCUACAAUAGUGAGGGCACCAUUAUCACAGAGGUAAGAAGAAAACAGGGUGCACCUAAUGUGUUGUUGGGAGCAGAUGUGUUUACUAUGACGGUGCAACGUGGGUAUAAUCUAUCAUUGUCAAUGGGUUAUUUAAUUGUUCUUGAGCGUCUCCACAGUACGCCAAGUCUGUUGAGUCAAUGGUUUGGUGCUUGA